AUGUCUUUAACAAGCCAAUCAUACGUGGUCCGCUCUCCCGGCGGGCCAAUCACGCUUGAAACUGUCCACUACGAUCAUAUAGGCGACCAUGAGCUACUCCUUCGAACUGUUGCAGUGUCAGUCUGCGCGUCGGACAUCAAGGCUGCUGCGGGCAAGUUCUUCAUGAAGCCGCCUAUGAUACUGGGCCACGAGGGUGCGGGGAUUGUGGAAAAGAUCGGCGCCAAGGUCACGGCAUUCAAGCCGGGGGACAAGGUCGUUCUGCAUUACAGCAGCUGCAAAUCUUGCGGAGCCUGUGUGGCAGGCAACAAUCCUUACUGUGAGAGGAUGGAUCAAUUAAACUUUGGAGGGUUGCGAGAAGAAAGCGACACAAGCAAAGCUGCCACGGCAGAGGAUAGCCAGCCACUGAAUGCCUUCUUCUUUGGCCAAAGCUCUAUGGGCCGACAGGCCCUAGUCAGAGAGACCAGCGCGGUGAAGGUAGAUGCAACCGAGGACGAGCUCAAGCUCUUUGCGUCGCUGAGUUGCGGGGUGCAGACGGGAGCAGGGGCGGUGCUCAACGUCUGCAGGCCUUCCCCAGGUGCUGCUUAUGCGAUCUUUGGCGCUGGUGCAGUUGGUCUGGCCGCAGCGCUGGCAGCUAGGCUGUUUUCACCAUCUCAUGUGAUUGUCAUUGAUAUCUCACAGAAGAAGCUCGACUUGAUCCCGUCGGGGCUCGCUACUCAUACCAUAUGCUCAUCGGGAUUAGAACGAGGGUCAGUUGCAGCGCAGAUCGAAAGAUUAACUGCUAUGCAAGGUGUUGACUAUGCCCUGGACUGUGCUGGAAAUGGCAAUCUCAUUGCAGAAGGUUGUACAGCUCUCAAAAAAAGAGGAAUGGUGGUCACCAUCGGUGGUGGUGCCACACAGGCUCCUCUGGAUAUAAACGAGAUGCUUGUCAAAGGAUUGACCUAUAGAGGGACACAUCAAGGUGACUCUGUGUCGCAAAAUUUCAUACCAUAUCUGAUCAAGCUUUGGAGGGCUGGCCAAUUUCCGUUCGACAGAUUACUCUCUCACUACAAGCUGGAGGAUCUGCCUCAAGUGCUGGCUGACCUGAAGGAUGAUAAGAUAAUAAAGCCGGUCCUAGCUACAUGA